CUUCCUCCUUGAUUGUGGUUACUGAAAGCUCUACAUUUUACUAUAUCGCAUUGAGAAAAAGGUGAAGCAAUUUCUUCAGAAAGAUCCAGGAAAGAAUUCCUGGUUUCCUUCAGAUUUCUUCCUCACCUCUCUGAGCAGGCCGGUUCCUCUCUUUUGCCCUGAGUGCGAUCUGCAAGCAAACUACCAACUGGCAGAGUAAGGUUUAUUGGUUGAAGCCACUUGCCGGCUGAUGCUCCAAUUAUGAAUGACAAGGACCAAAUGCCAAACACUUCCUCUGUGCUUCUGGGACCCCCUCCCAACGCUUCACUCCCUCCAUCCGAUGACCGUGAUGAUGCUUUGGCUCAGGCUGAAAUAGCCCUUUUGGCUUCCAUCUUCCUGCUGGCCACUCUGAGCAAUGCCCUGGUGCUUGGAGCUCUGUUCCGCCAGGGCCGCCGGGCCAGCCUGAUGCACCGAUUCAUCCAACACCUCUGCCUGGCCGAUAUGACAGUGGCCCUGUUCCAGGUGCUCCCUCAGCUCAUCUGGGACAUCACUGAUCGCUUCCAAGGCCCAGACAUCUUAUGCCGUGCCAUCACUUAUCUGCAGGUGGUCGGUAUGUUUGCCUCAUCCUAUGUUAUUCUGGCCAUGACCUAUGAUCGCUACCGUGCCAUUUGCCGGCCCAUGCUGGCUUUUCGUAGAGGGACAACCUCACGGCAUCGACCUGUGCUAUUGGCAUGGAUCGCAUCUUUCCUUCUCAGCCUCCCACAGCUUUUCAUCUUCUCCAAAACAGAACUGCCCAGCGGAGCCCACGAGUGCUGGGCAGCCUUUGCUGAACCCUGGGGAGCCCGGGCCUAUGUCACUUGGAUGGCUCUGGUGGUCUUCCUCCUUCCCACCUUCUUCAUUGCCACCUGCCAAGGCAUGAUCUUCUGCGAGGUCUACCGCAGCCUGCGUUUGGGGCCAGAAGCAGCCCGGGCUCGCAGGGGGAGCCAACAAGGGGUCUCCCCUAUAUCUGGCGCUGUAGCUAAGACUCUUAAGAUGACACUGGUCAUUGUGCUCACCUAUGUAUUCUGCUGGGCUCCCUUCUUCCUAGUACAACUGUGGGCUGUUUGGGAUCCUCAAGCACCUACUGAAGGCCCAGCUUUCACCCUCUUGAUGCUUGUUGCCAGCCUCAACAGCUGCACAAACCCCUGGGUCUAUACCACAUUCAGCAACAGCAUCUCAAGCGAACUUCACCGAAUCGUCUGCCCCAGAUGGGCCCAUCGGCAAGUCGGCUCCCUGUAUGAAGACUCCAUUCUCACAGGCAGCUUCUCACUGGGCCGAGACACUCUUUCCUGAGACAGCAGCUUGCAGGCAGAAAGACAGGUGUGACGGGCACUCCUGCAAAAUGGUUGACUCUCAGCAACCAGCAGGUUGCCUAAGGCUGGCUCUCAGUUCAUCAGAGACACACGAUUCUGCUCAACAACACUAAGUGAAUGGAAUCUGUAUCAGAAAAAACUGCAGGCAUCGGCAAGACAAAGCUUCUGAAUGGAUUGUGGGGGGUGUUUUUUGCCAAGGAUUGAAUUUCCUGAUAAUCUGAUAAUCUGUUACAAGGGGGCAACACUGGAGCAGUUACUAGGGAAACAAUUUCCUUUUCCAAUAUUCUAUUUCCUCUAUAAUGUUUUCGGUUGGUUUUGAGGUAAUAUAAAGUCUGAAUCAUUGUAAACUUUGGUUUAUGGUUUAGCAUUACAUGCCAAUCUGGCUAUUGCUAUUUAAUUAACAAAUCACAGUUUUUUUAAAAAAAAAAAUACCAUUGCUUAGUGUACUGUGUGAAACCAGCCAGUAUUUUGUUUGAU